UUAAGAUGAAGGGUUCUGCCAGGAAAAGUAAGAAAAUAAAAAAAUAUAACUUGGUUUAAGGAAAUAUAUUAAUAUUUAUGCUUGUAGCGGUGAAAAAAACUACAACCACUCAAUUUGAAGUACCGGUAAAAGAAAUGGAGGGAAAUCCUGACCUGGCCAGAGGUGUUGCAGUGUUUGGAUCUGAUCGAGGAAGGGUAGAGGAGCGGUGGGAGGAAAUUAUGAGGAAAAUUAAUUCUCAUGGUCCACCUACAAGAACGGCCGUCGAAUGGAAGAAAAUAUGGGCUGACUUGAAAAGCCGGACAAAAAAGAAGGUUGUCGAAAACACACGAAGCCUUACUGCUACCGGUGGUGGCCCAUUCCGGCACUCUCCGCUUUCCGAAAUGGAGCAGGCCAUAGACAGCCUGGUUUUUAUUUCAAGGUCAGCAGCCCCGAGCGGCAGAGUUUUCGGCAUUCCUUCGACGGCGGCCUCAAGACAUUCGUCGUUGGAGGAAAUGCCUCCUUUACUUGUGACUGAAUCGCCAACACUUGACCAACGAAGGCAACAAACAACCACCCUUCAAUCUCCUAUAAGGCACAACCAACCACCACCAGUGGGAGUAGUGACUCCCACUACACAGACAACCCGUCCUACACCAACGCACACGUUACCUUCCACUAAUAGGAAGCGCCCCUUCCAAGAGACAGUGGCUGAAUCUGCCAAAGUCCAUGCAUGUUUUAGUUUACCUGAAGUCCUUAAAGCAGUCUUUUAGUUAUGGU